CGGGAGCGCGGACCGUCGUCCACAACCCGCGCCUUGUGAGCCUGCCAGCCGCGGGGAAGCGAUCCCCGGCGCCGGGGGGCGGCCGCGGCGUCUGACUGACCGACGGGGGAGGCUCCGCGCCCGUCCGCAGCGCGCGGCCGGCAUGGCGGCGCAGAGAAGCCCCCCGGGGGCGCGGGAGCGGGAGGGUCCUCGCGCCCCCGCCGCAGGAAGUGACCAAGUUCACUCCUGGAUGCUAGUCACCAGCCAAGCUUUAGGUACUGUGUGGAGAAUAGCAAAGGGGUCAGUGAUGUUGGCAGCUUCAUGUCUGGUGGCCGCCCUCUGCUACUUCAGGAGGAUGCACUGCAAUUUCGGGCACUGGCUGAAAUGGUGGAUUGGAUAUCUGCAGAGAAAAUUCAAAAGGAACCUCAGUGUGGAGGCGGAGGUUGAUCUGCUCAGUUACUGUGCGAGAGAGUGGAAAGGAGAGACACCACGUGCCAAGCUGAUGAGGAAGGCUUACGAAGAGCUAUUUUGGCGGCAUCACAUUAAAUGUGUCCGACUAGUAAGGAGAGAUAACUAUGAUGCUCUGAGGUCAGUGCUGUUCCAGAUAUUCAGCCAGGGCCUCUCCUUUCCAUCCUGGAUGAAAGAGAAAGACAUUGUUAAGCUUCCUGAAAAACUGCUCUUUUCACAAGGUUGUAAUUGGAUCCAGCAAUACGGUUUUGGUCCUGAGAAGUAUACAGGUUCCAAUGUGUUUGGAAAAUUACGCAAAUGUGUGGAAUUAUUGAAAACACAGUGGACUGAAUUUAGUGGAAUUAAAGAUUAUCACAAGAGAGGAAGUAUGUGCAACAUCCUUUUUUCUGAUGUUCUUCUGGAAUAUAAACUGUAUGAAGCUUUAAAGUUUAUCAUGCUAUAUCAAGUCACUGAAGUUUAUGAACAAAUGAAGACUAACAAGGUCAUUCCCAGUCUUUUUCAACUCCUGUUUUCCCGGGAAACAUCAUCUGACCCUUUAAGCUUCAUGAUGAACCACCUGAAUUCUGUGGGCGACACAUGUGGACUAGAGAAGAUCGAUAUGUUUAUUCUUGGGUACUCCCUUGAAAUAAAGAUCAAAGUGUUCAGACUGUUCAAGUUUAACUCCAGAGACUUCGAGGUCUGCUACCCAGACUUGCCACCCAGGGAGUGGCCAGAGAUCUCCCUGCUGACGGAGAAUGACCGCCACUACCACGUUCCCGUCUUUUGAGUCCAGUGUGGACUGGGUACCAGCUCUCGCCAAUGGCAGUGGUCCUACUUUCAAGGAAAGUCCAGCUGGAAAACCAAAGCUAGCAUCACAGCCAUUGAAAGGAUCAGGACCUUCUUCUCUGGAGGGGCAGGUGCACUGGACGCAGGGGUGCACGGAUAUCCUUUGUUUUCCAGCAGUUUCCUCCAAACCAGCCUCACUGAUAUAUUUGUGGGUUGGUGGUUUGACCUUGUUCAUAUGGGCUCUGGCCAUUUCACAUGCAGCAGGCAUUUCAGGGCACAAGGACAGUAAAUUUGGGCAGUACAACACCAGGAAAAAAUCGAGAGGAAAAGGGGAAAAGGACUAACCAGCAAAGACUUUGUCUCUAACCUCAAUGUUCUCGUUAGGAACCUUGUCUUUGACUGAUUCUGGAUCUUCAUAAGCGUGGCCUUAUUUUAGAAGCAUUACCUUCCCUGGAAUCUUUAUGGUAUAUUGAUUUUUCUAGAACCACUUGAUUAACUGUAAAAUUGUGUGUGUGGGUGUACACACAUAUACACAUGUGUAUACAUUGUAUAGUUUUAUAUAUACAUAUAUGAACACAUACACACAAAUAAUCACUACUUUGUAAUGUUGUACAGUUUGUUUUAUACUGCUUUACAUUUUUUUGUUACUGUUGCAUCUGGCUGGUCCGAUUUGUUUUAUAUGGAUAAAAGAGAUUAAUUCUGUAGAUGAAGGCAACUGAAUGACAAUUA